AACGUAAAGUCAUGUGUUGUACUUAAUCCUAAUGGAGAAUGAAGAGCUAAAGAACGAUAUAGCCGGAAAUGGCCACGAAAAGAUUUCAGAAAUCAACAAUGCUAAUGUCCCCACAGUUUUAAUCGAGAAGGAGGAAAAUGUGGUGCCUGACGGUGGAUGGGGCUGGUGGGUGGUGUUUGGGAGUUUCAUUUGUCACUUCAUUAUUGGGGGCCUGGAGCGCUCAUCUGGCCUGCUAUACCUCUAUUUCCUGGAGAGGUAUAAGCAAACCGCGGCCGCUACUGCAUGGGCGACAGCCAUCCCCUCAGGAAUCAGACUCUUAUUGGGUCCCAUAUGCAGCUUUCUCUGUAACAAGUUCUCCAGUAGGACAGUCGUAAUAACAGGGUCCAUCAUAUUCACCGUGACUCUGAUCAUAACGGCGUAUUCUCCAUCUUUGUACGUCAACUUUGCCGUUUUUGGAUUUAUAGGAGGUUUUGGACGUAGUUUGUCAUAUGCCCCAGCCGUCACGAUGGUGGGGACUUAUUUCAACAAGAGAAGGGGCAUUGCAAUUGGUAUGGCGACUUCUGGGGUGGGAUUCGGAUCGUUUGCCAUUCCAGCAGUUGUAGAAGUAGCAUUCCAUUUCUACGCCUUUACCGGGGGAUUUUAUAUUCUAGCGUGUUUUGCAGUCAAUUUGUGUGUCUGUGGUAUGCUGUUUAGACCUUUGGAGAAACAAAGACAACUUAUGGCUUUUGACCAAAGGAGAAAAAGUAUAAAAGAUGGUGCUGAAGUUCCACUAAAAGACACAAAAACAUUUGUAUCACAUGACAGUUUAAAUCAGCAUUCCAAUGACUUCAGUACUAGAGCGGAAUUAUCAAACGAUGAAAAGAUGGAUCUCAAAAACACGGAAACUAUGGUCGUUGUAGACAGUAGAUUUACAGGAACAAGAGAGAAAGAACCACCAUUACCCGAUAAUUCGGGCGAAGAAGAAGCAUUGCAGAACGGAUCUGUACAAAAUAGGGACAGCAACAGAAAACGUAGAUGCUGUGGUCUCUUUAAAACGGGGCCAAAAUCUUCAGGUCCAAAGAAGACAUAUCUAGAAUUUUCACUGUUGAAAGAUUAUCGCUAUCUGUGUUUUUGCUUAGCUAUUAUGAUGUUUACUCUCGCCUUCCAGUCUACCUUCGUGUUCCUUCCAGCCUAUGGCAAACAAAUAGGAACCACUGACAUGGAGGCGGCGUAUUUGGUGAUCAUCACUGGUGUUUUUGACGGGGUGGCAAGGCUUAUAUCAGGAACGGUUCUCGAUCUGAAGAACGUCAAAAGAUUCCGUGUGUAUGUAUACAACACUGUCAUGUUCUUGGUGGGAGGGGUAUCUUUUGUGAUUCCCUUUACUCGGUCUUACAGCCAGCUGUGUGUGGUGUGCGGGGUUUAUGGGUUCCUGAUAGGUACCUACAUUUCCCAGAAAUCGGUCAUCCUAGUGGACUUGCUAGGACCAGAAAAACUAGUCAACUCAUUUGGAAUUCUGAUAGCCUUUCAAGGUGUGGGGAUGCUCAUAGGUCCACCUUUGUCAGGUUUUCUGAAAGAUAAUGUUGGAGGGUAUGAAAACGCUUUUUAUGUUGGAGGUAGUGCAAUGUUUAUGGGUGCCAUCAUUUUAUUGAUAUCCAACAUUCGUCACUUAACUAUGUCUAGGAAUAAGAAACAAUGAAAGUUAUAUAUGUUCAUUGCUCACCUUAGCCAAAGGCUUAAGUGGGCUUUUUGUGGUCGAAAAGUGGCCUGUCCCUGUUCUUUUGUAUUUCAUGCAUUGUUGGUAAACUUACCAUCAAACCUCAAUAUGCAUGUGUUAUAAAUUAUUCUUUUAACUAUAUUUGUCAGAAAAAAAGAAAGUACAUGUAACCUAGGUGAGUUGUUAUAAUUAUUGAAAGAAGAUGGGCAAAUAAAGCGAGCAAAAAUGCCUAUUUUGAGGAAAAAAAUGAAUCUGAAAUAUUUUUGAUAGUUCGUUUACCAUAAACAUAUAAUUUAUGUUCAUUUAAUGUUCCUACCUAGAUAUUUUUCCCAAUAUAUCAAGGCGCUAUACUUUUCAUUAAAAAAAUCACAAAUUUCUGAAACGCUAUACUAGUACUUUAAGUAAAAUCUUGCCCAUUUCCCGAAACGUUAUAUCGUAUGUGAAAUCGAAACAUGUUACAGUGUAUUCUGUAUUUUUGUAAAAUAGAGUACAUACACCAAAGAGAGAAGAUUGAUCAAUUCUUCAAACUGGAACACAUUUUUCCUCAAAUGAAUAAAGUUUUGUUCCAUGUUUUGAAAGACUGAAUGAAAAAUUGAAACCCAGGAUUUAUUGCUUGCACUAAAAAACUAUAAAUAUCACAUUUUAAAAUCAAAAUAAAGAAUGUUUUUCUGCUGAGAGAAUUUUUACAAAAAGCAGGUUUAUUUGUCUAAAUUUUGAACCUUUUCAGUGAUUUUAUUUUUGUUUAUUAAAUUUAUAAAAUGAAUAUGAUUUUCACAUUUAAAGCUAUGUAUAGGCAUUUUGUAAGCCUUGUUCGCCCAUCUCCUUCGAAAAAUAUAUAUACUAUGAUUUAUGACGUGUUAUACACGUAUGUUUUACGUGAUAUAUAAAUUUUAUAAAAAAAUGUAUUUUUUUUUAACUGAUAUGUAUUUUCUCAAUCUUAAAUUAUGUAUAUUAUUGUUAGUAGAUUCACGAAUUUUGUUUCUCAUGCAAUGUUUACUCUCCAUGACUGUUGACUGAACUUGGUAAAAUCAUCGAGUAUUCUGGAUUUUAAAACAAGUUAGAGUAUAUUUUUAUUAUAUACUUUAUUUUUUUUUUUAGAGAAAUAUAAACUUGGUAAUCGUUAAUCAAGAUGGUUUGACAACGUUUACACAAAUUUUAUAAAUGACAAUCAUUGGUAUAAUUUGUUAUUAACACUUAUAUAUAAAUGUUGAAAACGUUCUUAAUGAAAUCAAAUAAAAAUGUUACACUUCUAA